AUGAACGAUGAAUUCGCUUAUCAAUCUUCUUCCAACGCGCGGCUAAACGGAGGAACACAAGUUCGGACGACGGCGAAAUUCGACAUUGGUCAGGCUUUUCAGCUCUGCAAGAUUAGAGUCGUUCCAGCCAUGGCAGACCUCCGAUCUUCCAGGGACGAGGAGAGCGAGGAGCGCGGGGGUUGGGCGCACGACGAGAAGGCGCGCGGGGAGCAGGGGCGCGCGCGCGAGUGGGAGGAGGCGGAGCGGCACAGCCGCGAGGCCAAGCUGGGACUGCACCCGCUGCAGACGCGGUACGUGCUGUGGUACACGCGGCGGCAGCGGCAGCCGCCCGGGCAGCGCAGUGCGACGUCGUAUGAAGACAGCAUUCGGCGCAUCACUGACUUCAGCACCGUGGAGGGAUUUUGGGCGUGCUACUGCGGCAUGGUGCGCCCAUCCGCGCUUCCCGCGCCCACGGACGUGCACGUCUUUAAAGACGGCAUCCGCCCGCUCUGGGAGGACGUGCACAACAGGCGGGGGGGCAAGUGGAUGGUGCGCCUGCGCAAGCCGCUCACUAACCGCAUGUGGGAGCAGCUCUUGAUGGCGGUGGUGGGGGAGCAGCUGGAGGGCGCGGAGGAGGUGUGCGGAGUGGUGCUCAGUGUGCGCUUCGGCGACGACAUUCUCUCCAUCUGGAACCGCUCUGCACCGCACAGCCUGGCGAGGGACAGGCUGUGUGAGUCGAUUCGGAAGCACCUCGGCCUUCCAUCAUCCUACACCAUGGAGUACAAGCCACAUGACGCAUCACUCAAGGACCAUUCCUCCUACCGCAACACAUGGGUGCGCACGUAG